AUGGCUGAGCAGCGCCGCCGAGGCCGCGACGAAGGAGGAGUCGUCAUCAUCGACGACAGCGACGACGACGACGCGCCGCCGCCAAGCAGGGGCGCCCGAGUCAAGGAGGAGAAGGCCGACGAUGGCGGCGACGACGGCGACUUCUCGGCCUUCAGCAAGGGAAACCCUAACCCACUACCGCUCUCCCACUCCCCCCCACGACGCCACUCCCUCUCCCCCUCUCCUCUCGAUCCCAUCUGGAUCGGGGAGGGCCCCGACCCCGACGCCGCCCGGAUCGACCGCAUCCACCGCCGCCCGAGGACCGCGAAACCGUCGUCGCCGGACUGCCUCCCCGCCGUCCUCUCCGUCACCUAUACUCGUCUCCGCGCGUCGUCCCCGUCCUCCCCCACGAGCCGCUACCCCGAGCCUCGCCGCCCCUUGUGCCCUGCAAACGCCGGUGAGGCCCUCGGCCUCCUCUUUUCCCCACUGCCGCUACGGUCCUCCAUCGCACGCGCUGGCCGUGCCCGCGCCACCGCGCUCACCUCGCCGCGGACCUCGCGCCGCCGUUGCUACGCCCGGCCACCGCGCCCCCACUCUGGCCUGCUCCGCAACGCCCAACACGCCGCCUCCCUGUCGUGCCCCCCUUUGACCCUGGCCCCCUCACCGCGCUCCUCCCCUCUCUCGCUCGCGGCCUUAAUCGCCCCCGCGACCCCCUGCCCCUGCUCGCGCGCCUACACGCCUCGUCGCGCUCACCCCGCCCGGUCCCCGUGCUGCUCCUCCGCCUGCCUCUCGGGGCUGCGCCCGCACAAGCGCGCCGCCGCGGCCUUCUCCCGCUCGCGCCUGCUGCCAUGGUCGCGCGUGCCUGCCCCGACGCCCCUGCUCCUCGCGUCGCCGCCCCCGGUUCCCCUGCUGCUCGUCCUCCCCCGUGCCGCCGCAUUCGGCCCGUCCCUGCUUGCCGCUUCCCCGACGCGGCUUUGGCCACUACUCGCUGUCGUCGACCAUUCGCCUCCCCCGCCCUGCUGCCCUCCCGCCGGCGUCCCCUCCGUCGACCGCCCGGCCUCGCCGGCCUCGUUCGCCGCGGCGCCCCUGGGCGUGGCCCCUUUGGCACCACCAGUCAACCAUUUACUAUUUGCAGAUGACAUCCUGCUGUUUUCCAAGGCCAGUGUGGAUGCGGCAAACGAGGUUAUCCCGUUGUUGCUCAGUAAGGAUUGCUCUAAAAGUGUAAGGCUGGAAGUCAAGAAUCAGUUACAAGUUCCAAACGAGUCUUUGAGUGCAAAGUACUUAGGCUUGCCAUCAGACGUGGGUUCAUCAAAGAAUGGCUCCUUCAAGUACCUGAAGGAUUACUUGUGGAGCAAAGCGUAG